AUGUCCCUUGAAGACGCCAAGGUGACUUUGACAGCACCACUGUCCAAUGAUGAGUCCAAAUGGAUCAAGCUGCUUAGUAUAGAGUACAAGGACCCUACUGGCAAGUCGAGGACCUGGGAGAGCGCCGAGCGGCUCACGCGGCCCAAGGGCGGUGAAAUUGAUGGCGUGGGCAUCUUUGCCGUCCUGGAAAAGGAGACUGGUCCCGAGAUCAUAUUACAGAAGCAAUACCGUCCACCCAUUGACAAGGUCACCAUUGAGGUUCCGGCCGGCCUGAUUGACGAGGGCGAGACGGCCGAGGAGGCGGCGGUGCGCGAGUUGCGGGAGGAGACGGGCUAUGUCGGCACGGCGAGCAUGACGACUCCCGUCAUGUUCAAUGACCCCGGGUUUUGCAACACGAAUCUACGCAUGAUUCACGUGACCAUCGACAUGAGCCGGCCAGAGAACCAGAAUCUCAAGCCGGAGCUCGAGGACAGCGAGUUCAUCGAGGUCUUUACGGUGAAGCUGACCGACUUGUAUGCCGAGUGUGAGAAGCUGGAAGCCCAAGGGUACGCCAUUGAUGCUAGAGUGGGCACUUUGGCCGAGGGGAUCGAGGUUGCAAAGAAGUUUAAGCUGUGA